UAUGAUAGUAAAAGAAAACAAAUGUUGAAAACUCAGUGAUUUUAUCGACAUGUAGACACUACUAUUAAAAUAUUCAACUGAUUAUUGCGGCUUUUAAUUAAAAUACAAAAGCCGUAUCUACCAUGAACGCAUUGGAUUUGAAAAAUCAAGGGAAUCGAUUGUUUUUGGCCCGAAAAUAUGAUGAUGCCAUAUGCUGUUAUUCCAAAGCGAUAAAUAAAAAUCCUGGAACAGCAACAUUCUUCACAAAUCGUGCUCUCUGUUACCUGAAACUGCGGCAGUGGGAAACAGCAGUUCAAGACUGCCAUCGUGCUCUAGAGAUUGAGAGACAGUUGGUGAAAGGUCAUUUUUUCAUGGGCCAGGCGUUAGUGGAGAUGGGCCAAUAUGAUGAAGCUAUAGCAUCCUUAAAGAAAGCUUAUGAUCUUGCAAAGGAGCAGAAACUAAAUUUUGGUGAUGACAUUACUAGUGCCUUAAGGAUGGCCAAGAAAAGACGCUGGAAUAUGAUAGAAGACAAACGCAUUCAACAAGAGAUUAAACUCCAGAAAUAUCUUAAUCAGUUGUUAUCAGAAGAGCAUAAACGACAGUUGAUGUCAUUUAAGCAGUCUGCAGGAGAUCAGAACUACAGUGAGGAGAUUGAAAGUUUAGAGCAGUUUUAUCAAAAAAAGCUUAGAGCUGUGAAUGCAUUAUUUGCUCAGUUAGAUGACAGAAGAAAGAAAAGAGAGGUUCCAGAUUAUUUAUGUGGAAAAAUUAGCUUUGAAAUAAUGCGAGACCCGGUUGUGACACCCAGUGGCAUCACAUAUGACAAAAAGGAUAUCAUAGAGCAUUUACAGAGAGUUGGACAUUUUGAUCCUGUGACACGUACAGAUUUGACACAAGACCAGCUAAUACCGAACUUCGCUAUGAAAGAAGUGAUAGACAACUUUUUAGAAGAGAAUCCUUGGGCAGAGGACUACUGAAUAAACCCUACAUAUUAUAACAACAGGACUGGAUUAUUAUGGCCUGCUGGCACAUGGUCUAGGCACCUGUGUUUGAAUAGGGGUCAUGUGCUUAAAGCAAGCCGUGUACCGUUUGUUUGGGAUUAAAUCUUUACGGAUUUCUACAUAACUGAAAAUAAAACAGUUAAAACUGCUGACUGUAAUCGUAAUCUGCCUCUAUAUAACAUGUUAUAUUUUGGGACAAUCUGAAUUGUAAGACUGCUAGGAUCAAUAGUUCUCAAUAAAGUUGUUUACUAAAUGUUUGUUUUUUACAAAGUUAAAUAGGUCUUGGAUUAUGAAAAAUCUCCCAAGAAAUCGAGAUGUAAGAAUUAAGAUAUUGGUAGUUUGAUUUCAAAAUACAGAAUUUGCUAGUUUGUUAGAUUAUAUUAACUGAACGUUUUUGUCUUGCUUGCUAACAAUUUCAAUAUUGUGUCUUUUUCAACUUUUAGCAUUGGUCUUUAGAUCAGCAAAACACCAUGGUUAAAGAAUAUCAACAAUCUUUUAUGCAUAAAUGUCACAGCAGUCCUUCACAUCUGAGGUGUACAAUCAUGUAUACCUUAAUUUAAUUUCAGGAGGGUUUUUUAUUGUUUCACUUAAAAUAUGGUAAUAGGGUGCCUUUCGCUGGUUGGUUGAACAGAAACUGGUUUAACCCUAGCUGAGUUUUUAUUAUUAUUUCUGUAUGUUAUCAUUUUACAUUUAUGUUUGUGCUAUUCCAAAUGUACUUUUUAUUAGAGUACAUCCUAGACUCAACAUAUUUUCUGUGGAACACUAAUCACUCUCGUGGAUCUUAUGAGGUAAGUGAUUUAUCACUCGCUUGAUAUUUUUAAACAUUAAGCACUGUCAAAAGUCUGAGUCCUCUGACAUAUGAGACACUGCAUCAGUUUGUCGGAUAGAAAUUAGAUCUUGAAAUUGGUAUCAGUAGACGAGACACCAGCCAUUGCAAUUUUAUAUGCAGAAGACUGUCAUACCUAAUGCAUUAUGGCUACUGUCAAUUUUAUGCUGACUGAUUGACUAAAAGGCCAUCUGGAAAAGCAGUGAUAUUGUUCUUUUCUUAGAUGGAGAUCUCCAAUUAAGAGUAACCUAUAAGAUCUGAUUUCAGUUAAAUUGCCACUUUCCUUGUUUAAACUGUUAUCACAGCGGUGUGUUAAUGAGAUAACAUAGAAUAGAGAAACAUAAAAUGACAAAUAAUAUGAAACUACACAUGAAAUAAAAAUAACUUUAUUUACUGCUGGCAAUAUGUGCUAAUGGUAAUGUUUUGUGGAUUGUUUAGAGAAGAUGGUAUGCGAGAGGCACAUCCAGGCUUUGACCAACUCGGGGAAUGUGUGUCAUUAUGUACCCCUAUUAAGGGCCAUAGCGUUGUCUGGACCAGGGGUGGGUGGUGUUCAAAUAUGAACUUAGAGGACCCCUUUGUCUCCAUUUACCCUGGACAGCAAUAUGGAUAGCCUAAUACUCUACUGUAAAAAAUUGUUUAGCGUAGCACACAUCCACCACCAGCCUAUGUCUCCACCCCCAUCACCAGCCUAUGCCUCCACCCCCUCCCUCCACUACCCUUCGCCUUUGACAUCAAAAGAGUAGUACCAGAGUUAUUUUUGAGGUAGGAGGUUAAAAACAGAGAGAAAAGAACACCACCCCCAAGACCAUUAAAAAAGAACAACAAAAACCCCUCUGGAAUGAAGGAACUGUAUGCUCCUGUUUAUAUACUGACUUGUCACAUAUGUAAAAUUAGAACAAGAAAAUAUUGUCACUUAUAAAUAUCUACUUUAAUUAUGAAUUAUAUCUGUUAUAUUUGUUAGAAGUGUGAUGACCAUGUUUUUAUAUGAAGCCAAAAACUUUAUAUUGGUUUAUAUGCGUGUGUGCGUGUGUGCGUGCGUGUGUGUGUGUGUGUGUGUGUGUUAUGGACUUUUGCAAAUCCUGCCACUAGUUCUGUGAUUUAAUAUUGAUAAAUAAAAAUUGUUCUUGCUCAGUUCUUUGAGAUUUAUUAAGUGCUUUCGAAUUAUUUUUAUUGGUGUGAUAUAGUUUGACUACAGUGCUCCAGGGUCAACAUUUUUUCAAAUAUCUUAAAAUCUCCUCUACCUUGGUAUAUAUUUGUAAUUAUUUAACACGCGUGGAGCAAUCACUGAAUAAAAAAAAUGAAAGUAUUGUUUACAACACCCUCACCAUUGUAUAUUGGGUGUCAAAGGUAGAAAAUUGUGGUAUGAUUUUUCUUGGGACUGUGAAAUAUAUGUUUCUUCUCUUUUUUUUUUAAGGUUGUGUAUUUUUUCUUGGGGAUUUUUCUGUGAAAUAACACCCACCAAGAAAAACAAAUAUUUAAGCAAAAUAAAGUUUAAUUGUAUUAUCCCUCUCCCCCAAUAAUUGUCUUUAAUACGAAAGUACUGUUUGUUUUGUGUCUAUUUUUAAUGUUUUUAGUUCUGUUUGUGUUCCAAGGGAGACUACUCUGGUUCAGCUAGUAAAUUACGACUUGUGUUACAAACUAUUUAUUAUUUGUUACUAUUUCAUUAUUAAAAGCUACACAACAGAAAAUGGUUACCAUAUAAUAAAAAUGCAAUUAAUGACUAA